AUGGGGUGUGAUUCCGCACGGCCCUACCAACGGUCACCUCCGCCUCGUGCCAUCGAUCUGCCCGAUUCCCUCACCGAACUCUUCAAAAUGACGCUCGCGGUAGAUCUCCUUAACCCUUCGGCCGAACAAGAACGACGCAAGCACAAGUUGAAAAGACUGGUGCAAAGCCCUAACUCUUACUUCAUGGAUGUCAAGUGUCCUGGUUGUUUCAACAUUACCACAGUCUUCUCACACGCCCAAACCGUCGUUCUUUGCGGAUCUUGUGCCACUGUUCUUUGCCAGCCUACCGGAGGAAAAGCUCGUCUUACCGAAGGUUGCUCAUUCCGAAGAAAAAAUUAAAUGCAUCAACAUGUAAACAAUUGAUCAGUGCCUUCUGGCCUCGGGUACCCUUCUGCCUCAUCUGCCGGAAGCUCGGAUGAAAGUUGAAAUCCUUACGGCCCUUGUGACUACAAUGAUUGUUUUCUCGGUCUUCUGAUCUAAUGCUCUCUUGCAACGUCCUUGACUCAACAUCGCUCUCCUCUUGUCUUGGUCAAUUGCUGCAUAUCAAAACGGUCACCAACCUGUAGCUUAUCUCGUGUGCUUCUACUUCGUCCUACAUCUGGAAGGUCUCUCAGGCAAGCACGAAUUGUCGAUGCAACUUCAGCUGUGCAUCGCUGAGGGAGCAGUAGCGAAACAUCAGAUCCCCCCCACCAUCUUAAGUACCUACCCACUACUCGUGCUUCGGUAGAGACGUCUGCGCCGAUGGGAGUGGGAAGGCAUCCGGGUGAUUUACUUAAGCCUACAGGUCUUGUCAUAUCUGUACUACCCAGUCCUACAUGUGUGCCUAAGCUUUACUACUUGCUUGGUUGUCAUGACCGUUGCUUGCCUACAGAAUGUGAGGGGUCACUUUGCG